CGGUUUGUGCAGACCGGGAGGGGAAACCCCAGCUUUUGCAGCUCCCAGCCGACCAAAGAAACACAUGCUGUCACCGCUGCAGAGAGCGCUGUCCGUCCGCUGUGGUGCUGAACAACAAGUCUCUACCCUUCGACCGGUGACGUAAAGCUAAGACUCAUCCAAGCAGAGACCCAAGACUCAAUCCACGAAGAAAAACAAACAUCACAUCUGCACUUGAAGUAUGUAUGUUCAUUUGCAUGGAUUUGAAGCAACUUAAAAAGCAAAGUCGAGACAGAAAACACGGAGCAGAAGUGAUGGCCGGACUCCCCCCCGCCCUCAGCGUCACUCCGGCGGUCUGAGCCAAAGCAGCGCGUUGCCGCUUCGCACCGGAACCCAGCGGAGCCUCCGUAGAUGAGGAGAGUGACAGAGGCUUUCGAUCAGUGAGGUACGCUCUUGCACGAGGAAAUUAGGGAAAUCAAUUUUGCUAGUUUGCUCUCCUGAAGGGCUCUACAUGCAGCUGCAAAAAUGGGCUGUAUCAGCUCCAAAUCGCCAGUUGUGGCACUUGACGGUUCGUUGCGCGUGGACUGGAGCCCGGCAGGCUCCAUGUCCGACGUCGCACUUUUGGGGAACACGCGGACCUGCUUGGCACGCAGACUGAUUCUGACAGCACCUUUGGGCGCUCUGGACUUCAGCCAGGUGAAUGUUGAUGACACCAUUGAAAUGUUACCAAAAUCAAGAAGAGCUCUCACCAUUCAAGAGAUUGCUGCAUUAGCGCGAUCCUCCCUGCAUGGUAUCUCCCAGGUAGUGAAGGACCAUGUGACGAAGCCUACAGCCAUGGCUCAGGGCAGAGUGGCCCAUCUCAUAGAGUGGAAAGGCUGGUGUAAGCCCAUCGACACUCCGGCAGCCCUGGAGUCAGACUUCAACUCGUACUCCGAUCUCACUGAGGGAGAACAAGAGGCUCGCUUUGCUGCCGGAGUGGCGGAGCAGUUUGCCAUAGCGGAGGCUAAGCUGAGGGCCUGGUCCUCUGUGGACGGCGACGAAUCCAACGAUGACUCAUAUGACGAGGAUUUUCUGCCUGCCAACGAGCCCGCCACACAGAGCACAGAUGUUCCAUCAUAUCCUCCUUACUUGAAGGACCUGAUCCACAGCCAGCUUUGCCAGCACCUGGGCCUGCGCGGGGCGUGCUGCGAUGUCGGAGGAGGGGAGGGAGGCGGCAGCGGUGAGCCUUCCCCUACGGCGGGCUCUCCGGACACCCUGUGCUCAAGCCUCUGCAGCCUGGACGAGCACCACCCGCUGCUGCGCGACCUGGACUCCCACCGUGGCUCCCACUCCCACAGCAAUGUGGCCGAGCUCGCCGCCAAGAUCCUUUCAGCGCUGCAGGGAGGGGAGGAGCUUCUGCUGGCCCGACUUCAGAGGGCAGGGCAGAGCGGGCCCAGAGGGGGAGACUGUGCCUUCCACAGCCUGGGCGGGGGAGGACGGGGCAUCAGGCCAUGCAGGGGUCAGGACUCUCCGUGCUUCUCCAUGUCUUACUCUGACACGUACCUGUCGCCGGGCGAAGACGAUGACACCCCCUGCAAGGACUAUGAGGGCACGGUGUGCCAGGUGGAGGCGGAGGGCAACGGAGAGGAGUAUGACCCACGCAGGAGAGUUUCUGACGUGGCCUCUUCUGGGGUAGUGUCUUUGGAUGAGGAGGAUGAAGACGAAGAGGAGGAGGAGAGGGCAGCAGAGCCAAACAACCAAUGACUCUUCUCAUCUCAGCUCAGUGUUCGAUCUCUCUGUGGAGGCGUUUCUUCUCUUCUCCAUCGUGUCUGAAAAGUUUGAACAUUCGCGCAUGUUUGUUUUUUGGACUGAAGCAUCCAUCUUUGCCUUACUUGCAGCAUUUCAACUCCCUCCUAAACUUUGUCUCCAUUUGACGUGUUUUAUUUUGAGGCGUCAAAACAAUCUUUUUUAUCUGUGUGAGAGCAGGGGGCUUGCUCCAGCAGUCCAGGGACUUACUCGUGGGUAUGACGCUCACAGUUUUCGGCUCCGUCCCGUCCUGGGAAGUGACUCUGACAAAUGGACGCCACCAACAGGCAGACAGAAUGACUCCAGAGUCCGACACUCUGACUUAUCUUUGCAUGUUUUUGCAAGUGCUGAAAUCAAAUGGGCUGACCCGGUCUUGAGCUCGGUUUGUAUUCUGUAUAACCCCCUUCCCCUCGCCCACACCCCCAGUGUCUCCCGUGGAAGGGAGGGUUGACACUGCAUCCUGGGACCUGCCCUUACCUCCCCCCUCUCCCCUCCCCCCCUUCCCUGUCCUUUGCAAGAGACAAAAUAGCAUCCUUUUGGGCAUGGCUUGCUGAGUAUGCCAAACUAUUUAACCCUGUCACUACAAGUUAUGAGCAAAUGCUGGAAUGUCUUCAAAGUGACAGGACAUAGUAUGUAUUUUAAAAUAACAAAGUUAACAAAGACUUGAUACAGAUUAUAUGACAGAAAUGAUAUGCUUUUAUUGUACUAGUUUUCUAUCACUCAGACAUGUUGUUGUUCCCCUUAUUCCCGACAUCAUUAUGAUGGACGCCAUAAUGAUCUCCCGUAGGUACCGGAUAUUUUUGGGAGGUUCUGUGGAUUCCUGCGUGGAAGCCAUGAGACCUUUGCUUGUCUUACAAAAAAAAACAACAGCAGCAGCAGCAGCAACAGUGACAGAAUGUUCCUGAAGUGACCCUUUGGCCAUCCGAGUGUGGCAAGGAAGAGGCGCGGCUUGAAGAGGCAGAUUUUUGUCUGUGAAGAGAAAGAGUUGCAUCGGAGAUUUUCUAUAUUUUUGUAUGCGUUGUCUUGCUUUUGAUCUCUUUGCCUCUGCGGCGUGCCAGUGUAUGUGGUUUUUUGCACGAAGCUAACGUGGCUGUAGAUUUUUCUCCUUUUCUUCGUUAUCACUGUGUGAUAUAGUUUACUGGGAAAAAAAUUAUAAAACAAAUGUGAACAAUUUUAAUUUUGUUUUGAAAAGAGGAUACUGUGAUACGGUUUGUGAUCGCCAUACGUCAUGAUCCUCUCGUCCUCUCAUACUGAACCCUAAGAAGCUUUGCCUUUUAAUCUUUACUUAUCCUCUUUUCUUUGUUAUGAUAUUUGGCAUGUUUAAACGUGGCACAUGCAGAAACUCCUCCAUCACCAUGGCGAUGUGAGGAACUGUGUUGAGGCUCUCCCAGAGGGACCGUCAUUCAUACAACUCAGGAAACUCCAUUGGACCAGAGCGUCAGUGCAUCAUCACACCCACCUGCAUACCACCUCUCUCAUCUUCAGCGUGUGUGCAUGUGUGUGUGUGUGUGUGUGUGUGUGUGUGGGAGAGAGAGCCUGGUUAUUUUCUACUAUAAAGCACAGAUUCAGCCCCCAGAUCCUUCUUUUAAUGUUGUUUUAAUGGUAAGAAAAGCCUAAAUGUGUGAAUCCAUAAGAAUUGUGCAAACGUGUGUGUGUGUGCGUGUGUGUGUGGCUUUACUGUAAGAUGUCGGCGAGCCUUUUAAGCUUGCAUCGUGAGCUCAUUACAAACCCCCCUCCAACGCAGCGAUUCCCUUUAAUGCAGUGACUCGUGUUUAGCGGAGCUCUUGUUGGAGGUUGAACUUUUACUGGUGCUGCAAAUUAAACAAAAGAAGACGAAGAGAAAAGCAUUCAGUACAAACAAACAUCUGGAAAUGAUUAGAGAAACGGCAUCACUCAUCGGGCUCAGAACUUCAUGAAAACUACACGAGCAGCUCCAGGCUGGAGAUUUUUGAAAAAGACAGCGACAACUCAGGGGGAACCAUCGAAGCUGUGCCUUUCAUUCGUCACCUUUGACCUCCCAAGUUGCACCAUCAUCAUCAUCACAUCAUCAUCAUCUGUGCUGUCACUCAGGCCAUAGCUUAGCGUCCUUACCCUCCAACAGAGGCACAAAAAUGAUCCUGUUGCAUCGCCUGCAUUCAUUUUUCCCCUGUAAGUAGAAACUGGAGGUUACAGCGGGCGGUUUGCGUCACUGUCCUUUUGGUUGACAUUAAAAGCCGGGCGACGCUUUUUGUCCUGGCUCAGUUAUGAGAGUGAGCCAUUGUUCAACACCCUCCCCUUUUUAAUCUGUCCACUCCAACGCAUCCCCUCCGUCUGUCUCUCUGAGUAUUCAUGUCCUCUCCUCGGUGAUGUGUGUGACAGAGAGACGGGCACCUUGUGCGUUUUUCAUUCACUCGAGUGUUUGCUGCUCUCUUGCACGUGAGUGUGUUUUUAUGAGUAUACUUACUACUUACUAUAUCAGAACCUGAAGCUCGCUCCCCUUGUUGACGUGGCAUCAUGGUGGAUAUCCUCGUCUGCCUAUCCUUGUGAGAACAUUUUGUCCUCACAAGGAUAGGAGGGAAGAUUUCCUGCUGACACACACACACACAGACAGCCUGAUGAAUGUCUCCCCUCUUCCUCCUUCUGUCCCUGUCCUGUCAUUUCCUGGCCUCCCCUCCUCUCCUCGCUCCGUCCCCCACCCUUCCAUCUUUCCCCACAGCGGGGGCUCAUUAUGUAAGCAAGAGGACGUCUGAGUGCUACCUUUGCCAACAGGCAAUUAGCCCUCGAUUAUGAAACGGCCUGACGAGCAGGAGAUGCCUAUCUUUCUCCUGUCUGUCUUUUCUGCUCCCUUGUGUCAUUUUCCCCUUCACUCCACCUCCCUCCCCCCCUCUCUCCACCCCAUCAUUACCGCCUCAAGCUUUUUCUAAGCAACAUCUUUUGAGGUUAGCUGUCCGAGAAAACUCCAAAAAGUUUUUUUUUUUUAAAUGCUCACCUCUCUGUUCAGAAGUGAUUCAUAUUUCCAAAAACAGAAGAGCCCCCUGCUGUCCUUCGGUCUGACAGAUGUCUCUCUUUGUGUGUGUGUGUGUGUGUGUAUGUGUGUGUUUAGUUUGUCGCUUCAGGCAAGCGCUGACAUUGGACACUUAUCAGAGAGAAGUGCUCCAGAUUCUCUCGCUCCCUCUCUCUGUGAUAGUGGCGGGAGAACCCAGCGCUAUAAAAAGACAUCAAAACAUCUGUUGGACAGCAGCAAGGCGGGAGGGCGGAUGAAUAUUCAGGAGAUGAUGGUGGCGCCCUCGUCACACGAUAGCCUACUUACCAUUUUAGAACAAAGAAGAAGGGCCGCUUGCCGCAACACCGGCCCCGUAGCAGCGAUACUGCAACAAAACCCGAGUGUGAAAACAGCAAGAGGAGAUGAAUACAGAGACUUACAGAGAGAGCAGGCCUGAGUUUAACCCACAUUAGACGCCACUGCUUUGAUUUAAACAUCUCAAAAUACCAAGGACGGGACGGGGUGCACACACACACACACACACACGCACACACACACACACACACACACACACAAAGACAAGAUGCUCGUGAGGGAUCACAAAGCCAUACAACUCGACAAGGACUCCAUGAAGCGAUCACAGAUGACCUGAAAUCCGUUUCAUAUCAUCUCAGCAUCACACACACCCUCAUCAGUCUCCUCCCUCGGAAAACUUCAAUCCUCGACCUUUCUUUUAGUCCUUUUCUUCUUCUUUGAAUACUAUUCUUCCUCUUUUGGCUGAAUGUAAUUAUUUGAAAAUUGCCACCUUGGAUUUGAAUAACAAAUCUUUGUUUGCUGCAUCUGAUAUUAUUUCAAGUUAAUAAAAUAUUGUUAUUGUUCUUUGCAACAAAGAUGAA